AUGGCUCGUAAGCGUAAGGUCCAAUCCCUUAACGACUCCCCCAAGGAUCUUAACGAAAUCCCUUACAUCCGCUGGAUGAACCAGCAGAUCGUCGACGGCCGUCAUCCGACUGGCUUGUCCACGCCGCCCGCGCUUGACGGGCAGGGUUCUAGGGCACAGUCGCCCAGCGCGGGUCCCUUGCGUGUGCGUCGUCAGCCUGCAAGGACGGCGGCAACUGUGCAGCCCGCUGUGGAGCAAGAUGACGACGACGAUGAUAAGGAGUACCGCGGCGACGAGGAGUACGAGCCUGAGGACCUUGGGAUGUCGGACGACGAUGACGGCGACAAUGAUGGCGACGAUGACGACGCCGACAACGACGCGGAGGAGGAAGAGCAACCUCUUGCACAGCCGCCGAAACGGGGCGCCGCUCGCGCCUCAGGGACGGACAGGGGCAAAGGCAAGGCUAUUGAUCCACCGCCACGACAGGAGCCAAGGAAGAAGCGGUCUACUGCACCAAUUGAAAGGGGCUCAUGGUCGGAUAAGGAAAGCACUAUCUUUGCCGCCGCGCGUUGGUUCAUGAAAGACGAGCUCGAGCCGCUCAAGGGGAAGCAGGGGACGCAGUACUGGGUCCGCCUUCUCGCGCACAUCAAGGAGUGGAACCCGGGUUGGUGCUGGAAUGUCAAUGCGUUGCAAAAGCAAUGGCGCAACCUGAUGCUGCUUUGGCGGGAGUACAAGCGUGGUGAUGGUGGUUCCGGCAACGAUUCUGUGGAGACACCGCCAUGGUGGCCAUAUCUGGAGCUGUUCAACAAGGACACCGCCGCAGCCGCACCGCAUGCGGUGGAUGGCGGCGGUGCCACUAACGUCAACGUGCCGGCCGGCAUGGAGGUCCCAAGUGCCUCUCAGCGACACCGACCUUUACUGCACACAGGAACACCCAAGCGCGCGCGGGUUUAUGAGACGGCUACUAUGCAAGCCGCCAUGCUUGUCUCCACGACCAUCAAAGAUUGUCACGGUGACGCGAUGACGCGCAUAGAGGGUCUCGUCCGUGAAUGGAUGGCGCACGACAUGCGCCUUGCACGCGAGCGCAUGACUGAAUCGGCCCCACCGGAUUUGCACCGUGCUACGACGGAUUUCAGCCCGCCUCCGCCACGCGGGGAGUCCGCACCACCUCCCGGAGCCGCCCAGCCACGCGACGAUGUUGGCGACGUCAACACCGUCACAUCAGUUGAUGAGGAUGUGUAG